AUGACGAAAGAAGGUCUCACCAAUGAAAAUGAUAAUAAAAUAGAACCGCCACCAUCAUAUCAACAAUCAGAAACAACAUCACCACCACACUUAACACCGAUUUCAUCAAGAUCUUCAUCAUCUCGUUCAAGAAUACCUCAAACUAAAAAUGUACCUUAUCGACCAUCAAAAGAUCAACAAAGACAAAUUGAUAUUUUAUCUGGGACUACAUCAAGUAGGAGACCUUCAGAGCAAGUAAAUACAUUACAUACAACUUCAACUUCAACAGAGACGAAUUAUUUUGAUUUGUUACCUUCUUUUGAAAUGUUUCAAAGUAUACUAAAAAGGGAUGAUAGACAAUUCAGAGAAGAUUUGUCAACUAUUCCACCAGUUUAUGGAGAUACCACUACAACAACAUCUUCAUCGCCUCGAAUGACUCCACAACAAUCAAUUGAUCAAAAUUUAAACGAAUACGGACUAGAAAGAGAACAUGAAAGAAAUAAUAAUCAAGAAUAUAAUUUUGAAGAAGAUCCUGUGGGGAUAUCACCAGUAAUGAGUUCUACUAAUCAAAAUACUGAAGUACAUAAUGAAAAUAUGGCAGUUACCCAAGAUACUUAUGGUCAUUCAGUUCUAGAUAAUAUAGAUAGAUUAAAUCGUUCAACUAAUUCCCCCAUUGAGAUUCAAAUAUAUGUAACAAAGGAAAUACCGUACCCAAAUGUUGAGCAUGAGUUGGAACUGAGAUUGAAGGAGUAUACUAGUGGUGAUCAUGUCAAUGGGUAUGUCACGGUGAUUAAUAAUUCAGACGCGCCACUAAGAUUUGGAUUAUUCACAGUUUCAUUAGAAGGUACUGUCAAAACAACAGAACGGAACCCCAAUGCAUUUGAUUUUCAACAUAAAUAUAGCAAGAUUUUAAUGAAGAAAUUUCUAAAAAUGUAUGAUUUAAAUGCAAGCUAUGGAUAUGGUUAUAUACCCAAUAGUGCAGGUAUAGAAUAUGAACCACUCUCAAGAGAUAAAGUUGAUGGUACAGUGUUGGGAAUACCAGAUAACCGAAUUUUACAGCCUAGAAUUAAAUAUAAGAAAUUUUUCACUUUCAAAUUCCCACAUAGGUUAUUAGAUAAUGUUUGUAUGAAUUCUAUUUUACAACAUAUUCUACCACCACCUUCAAUGGGAGUAGAUAAAACAAGUUUUUUCAAUAGAGGUGAAAGUAUAACUAUGAACAAAGCAUUGGGGUACGGAUCAUUGAAUUUAAGAGGUACUCCCAUUUUAACAAAAGAUUAUAGUUUUGAUGAUUUAAGUAUUGCAUAUACUAUUGAAGCUAAAUUUAUUGAUAAUGUUAAUUCAAAAGAUGCCGUUUCACAUCAAGAAAUUAAUGAUGCUAAAAAUGAAUAUGUUAUAUCUAAAAGUACUCAAUAUUUUUUGAGAUUUAUACCUGACCUAAAAGAACAAGUUGAAUAUUGUAAGUUUCAUAAUGUAGGGAAUUAUCCAAAUAUAGGAGUUGGUGGUAAAUUUUUGGAACAGCUAAAUUACAAUCUUACAUGGAAGUCCAUCAAUUUAGAAAAUGAGAAAAUUGAAAGAGAAAUAGAUCAAAAAUUAACAAAAGAUGAAUUAACUCCAGACAUGUUGAAGUUGAAAAAUUUAACGUUGAAUUAUGAUGAUGAUGAAUUUGUCAAAAAGAAUAAAGAAGAUGCUUUAGUUUCAACUGAUCAUCCUGUUGAAAUAUUUGGUAAAAAGAAGAAAAUGAUUCUUUCAUCAUUAGUCAAGGUAGGAGAACUGAAAAUGUCCAUAAAAUUUCCAGAUAAAGUUAUUGCAUAUUCCGCACCUAGAUUAAUAAUGAAGUAUAAUGCUGGUGAAGAUAACUCUUUAAAACCAGUGACAAGUAAUAUGGAAGAAUUAUACAACAGAAAAGAAGAAGAUCUUUUGGAUUAUUUAGACGUUCAAUUAAUUUUCGAAAGUGAACACGAUACAAAACCACCACCAAUGACAAUAGAUACAAAUAUUAUAAUAUGGUCAUACAAGACCGAGUACCCCUUACCUUUUGAAAUGGGGUACGAUUUUUUUUACAAAAGUCAUGAUAGAUUGCCAAAUGAUCCGGUAGAAACAACACAAAAAAAUUUACAAUAUAUAAAAGAUCAAGUUUCGAAUUAUAUAAAUUUUAUUAAAACAAAUUCAAUUUAUGUAAGUAAAGAUUCUUUCAUGUAUUUAAAAUCAAUACAAAAAUUAGGUAUAAAGAAAGACACAAUUCAACAUUAUUUUAAAACUUCAAUAAAAGAUAAUGAAGAUUGGUCAAUCAAACAAUUACCAAAUAACAAAUUCCAGUGGUCCAAAAAAAUCAAAAUUUAUUUAGAUGUUGAAAAUAAAAACUAUAUAAAUUUAUUACCAACUUUCCAAAGUUGUUUAGUUGGUAGAUUAUAUUGCUUACAAGUCAUGUGUAAAUUUAAAGGUACAAAUAAUGAACAAAAUGAGUUUGCUCAUAAUACUGUUAAGUUAGAUGUACCUGUCUUGGUAGGUUAA